AUGGUCGUCUAUCACCAGAUGACGAUGAAGUUUAAGCCCGACGUCAGUCCGGAGCAAAUUGCUGAGGUAGGAGACACUAUCAUGGGCAUUCUAUCGGGUGUCCUUGGGCACGACCCUGUGCCCUUUCGUCCUCUCGGGCAGGCCGCAUACGAAGCGUCGAUUUUCAGCACCCUUGGAUCACCAUGCUCAUAUCUUGUAAUUCAGGUGAUCGAAACGUCUCUUGCCAUGAAAGAUGCAUGCAUUCAUUCCGAAACCAAUAAACCCUACAUCAAAUCGAUCACGGGAGGGAAAAAUCUCUUUGUGGUGCCCAACAAGCCCGGUUUUACGCAUACCCUUCUCUACGAGUUCGAGACGAUAGAAGAUUGCAAAUUCUUUAUAGAAAAAGACGUCAAGCAUCAUGAAGCUCGCCGAUUUCGAGGGAGGAUAGAGGAUGCAGUCUUGCUACACUGGAGCCCAGAUGAGUUUUGA